UUUGGGUUGGGUCAGGGUGGGCCGGGAUGGGGUGGCUGCUCUUCUCCCCCUCUGAGGAACCAGCAGGUAGGUGUAGAGAGGUACAUGUAGGACACACAGUAAGCACUUUACCCAGGCUACAGUUGUACUGGACCACUAAGGAGCAGGAGGAGGAAGAAGAGGAGUGAAAAGAGGAUGCCACGGGAGAGUCUAAUUACCUCAGAGAGUGACAGUAAGAUUUCCCGAUUUUGUUUUUGUUAAUAUUUUUCAGACUGCAUGUCACCUGGACCAGGGGAUAUUUGUAAUGAUAUGUACUAUUUCUGAGCUUACUCAAAUGGUAAAAUGUUAAGGAGAUUUAUAUGCUUAAAAACUGUUUCUAAAUGAUUUAACUUUGAUUUUACAUUGAAAACCAGCUCAUAUUAUCAGAGCCAGUUUUAUGAUCAUUUGCACGAUCACAUUGAGUCAUGAGCAAUAUAAAAACAAUUAAUUCAGUCCUCAGAAUGUGAUCACCUUUUGUGGCCUCCUGUAGCUCAGUUGGUAGAGCAUGGCGCUUGCAACGCCAGGGUUGUGGGUUCGAUUCCCACGGGGUCCAGUAUGAAAAAUGUAUGCACUCACUAACUGUAAGUCGCUCUGGAUAAGAGCAUCUGCUAAAUGACCAAAAUGUAAAUAAGGUGAAGAGGAUCAGAGAGGCUUAUCCUUAUGGACACACAGGUGAUGAGGCUGAACUUAGGGCAGGUGGGGUAAUUCCCCCUGACCCCUAGUUGCUCCCCUUCUCUCCUGGACUGCUUUUGCCACAGGCCAUGCUUCAUUAGGCUUCAUUGUGUCCUUUGUGUUUAUGUGCUCUAUACGUCCGUAAUGACCCCUGUAUCGCUCGCCACUCCGGUUACCACGCGGACACACAUACAAACAAAAUAAAGCCUGUCCACAAACAUCUGUUCACCCUGUCAGAGGUCCCCCUUUAUCUAUCCACCAGAACAAUACAGUAUAGUACAAUGAUCACGCAAAACAAUCCACAUUUAAAGCUAGAAUCCUUAAUUGAAACAAUAACAAAGUGGUCACCCCAGUAACCAGUAACUCUGUUCUGGUUAAAAGCUGAGGGAUGCGCCUGUAGAAAUGUAAGCACUCUCAAAUUCAUAGACAGCUAUGGAUGCAGGGACUGACCAUCCAUGUUAUCAAAAUGAUCGUUUUAACCAUGUUUUGAGGCUAUACAGGGUUUGUUUACAUUUACAAUGUUUACAAACAUUGGAGUAAAACAAGCUUAUAUUUUUGGUUCUGAUAGGGUAUGACAGUUGAAUUAAGCUCAUGAGGCAUUUCUAAGUUAUAUUCUUUAAGAAUCAAUGGGCAUAUAUAAUUAAUUUAUAAGUCCAAAAAUGGAUGUAGCAACUAAGGAUUCUAGCUUCAAUGCUUGACUACGUUUUAUUUUGUAUACCUUCGACCUCAAUCUUUUGAAAGGAAGGUUGAACACUAACAACUUAUAUGAAGCUUCCUCGUCUGACCCAGAUUCUCCUGGGCCCAUAUUCACAAACUGUUUCAGAGUAAGAGUGCUGAUCUAGGAUCAGGUGUCACGCCCUGGCCUUGAGAGGCCGGUCGUCUUUGGUUGGUUUGGUCAGGGCGUGAGAAUCUAUGCUAGAAAUUCUAUGUUUAUGUUCUAGGUAUUGUAUUUCUAUGUUUGGCCGGGUGUGAUUCCCAAUCAGAGACAGCUGUCGCUCAUUGUCUCUGAUUGGGGAUCAUACUUAAGUAGCCUGUUUGCCUACCUUAGUUGUGGGAUCUUGUUCCGUGUUAGCGUGUAUGUGGUUAGCCUGAGGACUUCACGUUACGGUGUUUCUUGUUUUGUUUAUUGAGUUAAAUAAACAUGUUCGCAUACCACGCUGCACCUUGGUCUGACCCGUCUCUCAACGAACGUGACAUCAGGUCCUCCCUGUUCUUAUACUGAGACGCUUUAUGAAUACAGGCUUGAGUCCUCUCCUCCAAUUGACUUUCUUUGUGGUCCUCAUAUUGUCACCCCCCUCAUCACUUUACCUGUCUAUUAUUGUGGUCAUUAAUAAAUGGCAGGUAAAAUGAUACAGGUCAAUUGUGGGAGCACUGCACUGUGAAUGUUUUCAAUGGAUUCAGUUGUUUAGAUAUCUUCGUCUUUAUCAUCUCCACCAUGUCCAUGAAUAUAACACAUGAAAUACACAACUGUUUUGAAUUUCUGUUUCUCUUCAAUCCACAGUUAGCAUUGGCUUGGAGGAUGCAGGUGAGUGGAUCCUUGGGCUGGGUGAUUGUUGAUACUGUAUUUCAACUGUCAAUCACAGGCAGCAGCAUACCUUUAUUCUCUCUGCUUCAGCAAGUACAGUCAAAGUAUGUAGUAGCUUUCACCUCACUAAGGCUGGAGGAGAAUAUACAAAUUGCAUUUUCAAGUCUACAAAAUGUAAACAUGACAUACCUGCCCUGUACAACUGUUGAAUUCGAAUGACAAAUUUAAAAUGUCGGCGAGAUGUCACGGACUGUGAUGCAAUACGAAGCAGUGUGCUCAGAGAUUUGUUGGUCUUAAUGGAAAUGCAUUUCGAUUGAAUACCACCCAGUCUCUCCUCUUCUGCCCUAGUGAAAGUCACCUGAUUUGGCAAUACAUGUCAAUCCCUCUGUUUCACACAAACUUCUAGUCAUUCUAUUUCUAUGUACAGUAUACAAGCUUUUAGAGUAUUUUAUCUAUUGACCCAGAGCAUAUCGGAUUUUCUGCCGGAAUCACUGGACCCUAGCGCUGGAUCAUCGCAACUAGCUAGCUGCAACCGAAUGGCUGUUGUCGUUGGCUAAUUACCAUUGCCCCUUAGCAAGCACCAGUUAGCCUUGAGCUAGCCUCGAGCCAGGCCCAUCUCCUGGCUAUCUACCUCUCUGUCAACCGGACGGGACCUCCUAGUGUUGACAUGGAGCCCCGCCGAUCCAACACGACUGGUCUGCCGACGAAAUCGUCUGAUGUGGUUUCAACAGGCUUCCCGUUACGACGUCGACCACGAAGAUCCAUCUGCUAGCCCCGGCCCGCUAGCACACGCAAGCCGUGUCUCUUGCUCGCCAGUGCUGUAGCAGCCCCCAAACUACCUCCGAACUCUCCUAUUGCUGUUCACCGGACCUUAUGAUAACUCAGCUAUACAGCUGAUGUCUGCUGGACUGUUCCUUUAUAUGGUACCGCAUCCUGUUUAUGUUUAGCCUCAGCCCAAACUUUGUCGCCAUUACCAGCUGUUGUCAUAGCUCUCUCGAAUAACACCUGUGAUUGCUUUAUGCCUCUCUCCCAUGUCAAUAUGCCUUGGUUGUUGCUGUUUCGGUUAUUUCUUAUUGUACUAUUUCACUGUAGAGCCCCCAGUCCAGCUCAACCUGCCUUAGAUAGCUCCUUUGUCCCACCCCCCAUACACGCAGAGAUCGACUCAAUCGGUGCCUCCAGUGAUGCUAUCUUUUCAUCGUUACCCAACGCUUAGCUUUACCUCCACUGUACUCAUAUCCUUCCAUAUCAUAUGUGGUCCUCUGUAGCUCAGCUGGUAGAGCACGGCGCUUGUAACGCCAAGGUAGUGGGUUCGAUCCCCGGGACCACCCAUACACAAAAAAAUUAAAAAUAAUGUAUGCACGCAUGACUGUAAGUCGCUAUGGAUAAAAGCGUCUGCUAAAUGGCAUAUUAUAUUAUUUAUAUUAUAUAUCCUUGUCUGUACAAAAUGCCCUGAAUCUAUUCUACAACGGCCGGAAAUCUGCCCCUUUUUCACCCAACGCACUAGAAGACCAGUUCUUAAAGCCUUUAGCCUUAUCCCUAUUCUACUCCUCCUCUGUUCCUCUGGUGAUGUAGAGGUUAACCCAGGCCCUGUAGCCCCCAGUAUCACUCCUGCUCCCCAGGCGUUAUCAUUUGUUGACUUCUGUAACCGUAAAAGCCUUGGUUUCUUGCAUGUUAACAUCAGAAGCCUCCUCCCUAAGUUUGAAUUAUUCACUGCGUUAGCACACUCCGCCAACCCUGAUGUUCUAGAAGUGUCUGAAUCCUGGCUUAGGAAGGCCACCAAAAAUUCAGACAUUUCCAUCCCCAACUACAACAUUUUCCAUCUCGAUAGAACUGCCAAAGGGGGAGAGAUCACGUGACCCUUGAACGAGAUGGCCGCAUGAACUAGGAGCUCCGCACAAGUAGUUUCCAAUUCCUAAUCUUACCUCCACUUCAAGUUUAAACUCAUUUAGCUUUAGUCAAAAAGUCAUGGCGGCUUCAAAAGGCAACACUACAGGUGACAUUUUUACCCGGACUCGAGUACUAGCGACGGAAAAAGCCUCCAAGAAGCAGCUAGCUUCAGAAAAAGCUAGCGCCAUUAGCCAGGAGAAAGAGGACCCGUCCCCCCCCCGAGGCCCAACGAAUGCCAACCUCGCACUCUGUCGAAGACAUCUUUUCUGAGCUGAGAUCCCAACGUACAGAACUCAACACUAAACUAGAUGCCAUUAACGCUCAGCUCAGUGCGAUAGGGGGCAAGGUGACAAUCCUGGAAAAUGCCUUGCCUGACAUAAACAACAAGAUAACCAUAAACGCGGGGCGCCUGGACGAGGCAGAGGGGCGAAUCCUAUCCACGGAAAACUUAUUGACAGACGCCAUGGAAACAAUAGCAUAUGCUAAAAAAAAAAUAGAGCAGCUGGAAGAGAAAACAGAGGACCUGGAAAACAGGGGGCGAAGGAAUAAUUGUGUUCUAUUAAAUCUGGGCGAAAAAGAAGAGGGAAACAUGCCACUGAUCCGCUACCUGCAAGACAAACUUCCCGAGUGGCUCCACCUGUCCACCGACAGGCCCAUAGAACUCGAGAGAGCUCACCGAGCACUGAGGCCCCCACCAGCAGCCAGACAACCACCGCGCCCAAUCACCAUACGUUUCCUGAGAUUCACCGACAAGGAACGAGUCCUACAGGCGGCGAAAACCAACACCAUUACAGUGGGAAACGCCAAACUCACCUUACUCCAGGACCUGUCAGCUGGAAUACGCCGAAAGCGCCGAGAGUUUGACGAGGUGAAGAAAUGCUCCAUUGACCGAGGCAUCUUUAGGGGAUUCAAAUACCCAAACGAGCUCAGGAUUCUUCACCAAGGAGCCCUGCGACACUUCAAAACUCCCGAAGAGGCAAAACGUUUUUUGAAAGACAACCCCGGUCAAUGAGAAAUGGACCAUUGACUAAAUGCGAUUAAUGCGAUUACUGUUAUUACUAAAGGAGGUAAGACAACAUAUAGCCGAUAUCCAAAGACCCACCGCCCUGCUAAAUUUCAUUAUAGCCGUCCAAUCUAUAUUUAUGUUCCUUUAGCUGAGAGGGAUAGGCCCCAUAUUAUAACUUAGGCCUACUGUAUGUAGGCUGGGCUAUUGAUUUUAUUUUCUCCCUUUCUUAAUGUGUUCUGGACGGGGGCUACGUUGUCAGUUACUCAAUGCGGGCGGAGAGGAUGAGGCAUUUCUUUGGUGGGGAGGGGGAGACGUUGUGCGUUGCUAACUGUUCCCGGUCUUUUUUUUUGUUGGAACACAGAAUUGUGACUGAGCGGGGAGGUAAUAGAUCCAACGGGAUAUGUCGAGUUGUUUGGGAACUCGGCUGGGGUGUUCAGAGAUUGUUAUUUUAUGUAAACCAUUUAUUUUCCUUUUAUGUGAACGCAGCUGUAACUACGAUCCACCUUUACCCAGAGAUGACUUGCACUAAAGUUCGAUUACUGUUCGAUGACGAUGACUAGUACCUUAAAUCUAUUGACAUGGAACUGCCACGGUCUAGGCCAUGCAAUAAAACGGAAAAAGAUACUAUGUGCUCUAAAAAAGGAAAAAGCAGACAUCGCGCUAUUGCAAGAGACACACCUCUGUGAUGCUGAACAUGCCAAACUCCGCAGAGCUUGGGUGGGACAGGUGUAUUUCUCAUCUUUCAAAUCCAACAGUAGAGGUACAGCAAUACUUAUCCAUAAGAAUGUUCCAUUCAUAAUUGACAAAAACAUAUCUGAUCCGGAGGGGAGAUUUAUCUUGAUAACUGGGUCACUGUAUGGGCAACCAAUUACUAUCUUAAACAUAUACGCCCCUAACACAGAUACUCCUGCUUUUAUGUCGAAAAUGAUAACUCUGUUCAAUGAGCAUUGUGUUUCCUUUGGAGUGUUGGCCGGAGAUUUUAAUUGUACCCUGAACCCAACCCUAGACAAAUCAUCUCAAAUCACCACCACAAAUCCUAGAUCUGCAAAGAUGUUGAACUCUCUUACUAAAGAGAUGGGACUGAUAGAUAUCUGGAGAGAGACUAAUAGCUCAGCUAUGGACUAUACAUACUACUCUAAUGUCCAUAACACCUACUCCCGUAUAGAUUACAUUUUUAUCCCAAAGAGUUUCAUAAAUUCAGCCACGUGUACAAUCGGACCCAUAGCGCUUUCGGAUCACGCCUUUGUCCACCUCCGCUUUGACCUCUGCAAAAACAUCCCGAGAUCAAAGAGCUGGAAAUUCAACACCUCCAUGCUAUCAAACGAAGCAUUCCAUACAUUGGUAACUACAUGGAUAGACAACUACACACAAGACAACAAAGAUUCUCCUGUUUCUCCGGCCACAAUGUGGGACGCUGCUAAAGCCACACUAAGAGGUCAUCUAAUUGCAUAUGCUUCCUCUAAGAAAAAAGCAAUGGAAGCACACAGGCUAGAUCUGGAGAGGGAGCUGGAACGCUGUGAAAAAGUACAUAAACAAUCCCCAGACAGCACCUCCUGGAGUCAACUUAAAGCAGCCAAAGCCAAACUGAAUUUGGACUAUACUCGGGAGAUUAAAAAAAAGUUUUCUUUACUAAACAGAAAUACCAUGAGUAUAGCAAUAGGCCUAGUAGAUUGCUUGCUUAUCAAUUAAAAAAAGAGCAGUCAGAGCGUACAAUUAUGGCUAUCCGAACAGCAGAGGAUGAGGUCACAUAUGAUCCAAAAAAGAUCAAUUUAACUUUUCAUGAUUUUUACUGCAAACUAUAUACCUCUGAGAGAAAACACACGGAGGCAGAACUCCACUCCUUCCUAGAGGGAAUCUCGCUACCUAAACUAUCAGAGACCGAACAAGAAGAUCUCAACUCCCCCUUCACUCCUGAGGAGAUCCUGGAGGCAAUUACCUCCAUGCCACCUAACAAGUCCCCAGGCCCAGACGGAUUCCCCAGAGAGUUCUACAAAGCUUUUUGGCCCCAGCUUAGCCCUAUUUUCAUGCCAAUGCUGGAGGAUUUUUGCAAAAACUGAGUUCUCCCAGACUCAAUGCACACAGCUCGCAUUACAGUGUUGCUCAAAAAAGACAAGGAUCCACUAUCCUGCUCCUCCUUCCGGCCCAUAAGCUUGUUGGAUUUCGACUACAAAAUAAUCACCAAAUUGCUCGCCAAAAGACUAAACACUCUUCUUCCCAAAAUAAUAAAAGCGGACCAGACGGGAUUUAUUAGAGACAGAUACUCUUCUGAUAACAUUCGCCGUCUUUUUGAUAUUAUUGAUCAAGUAAACGCACAGAAGACCCCUGUCCUGCUGGCUUCACUGGAUGCUGAGAAGGCGUUCGACAGGAUGGAGUGGAGCUUUCUGUUCUCAGUCUUAGAGAAGUUCAACAUGGGCCCAAACUUUAUUAAAUGGAUCAAAUCACUAUACUCUCAUCCAAAUGCCAUGGUGACUACUAACGGACUGAACUCUGACAGAUUCCCUUUGGGACGGGGCACAAGACAAGGGUGCUCGCUGUCCCCCCUGCUCUACUUGUUGGGGGCGGAGCCUCUGGCAGAGUUGAUAAGGAGCAAUCCAAGUAUUAUGGGUGUUCCUGCAGGCGGCCUGCAGCACAAGAUUUCGCUUUACGCGGAUGAUGUCUUGCUCUACAUAUCCAACCCUGAGAAAUCCCUUCCUCCCAUCUUAGAUACAAUUGCUCAGUAUGGCACGUUUUCAGGUUAUAAGAUUAAUUUUAACAAAUCCACUGUCUGCCCUCUCAAUAUUAUACUCACCAGUUCUAUGAAGACACUAUGCCCAUUCCAAUGGAAGACACAGGGGUUUCAAUACCUUGGGAUAUUCAUAACACCAGAUCUGAAUAGGCUUUUCAAAGAGAAUUAUCUUCCACUCCUGGAUCAAAUCAAGAACAACCUCCAAACCUGGAUCUCCCUCCCAAUUAGCUUAGUAGGAAGAAUUAAUGUAAUCCGUAUGAACAUCCUCCCUAGACUGAACUAUUUAUUUCAGAUGCUCCCAUGCUAUCUCCCAGCUUCCUUUUUCAAAACAAUUAACCAAAGCAUCACCAAAUUUAUAUGGGGCAAUAAAAAACCUAGGAUCAAGCUUUCCACUCUAUCGAAACCUGAAUCUAAGGGUGGUCUUGCCCUUCCCUCCCUUCAACUGUACUACUGGUCUGCCCAAAUCCGCAACAUGCUAACAUGGAUCACAAACAGACAAGAGUCAACGUGGAGCCAGAUAGAAGCCCAAUCGUGUGGUUCAUUGCCACUAAAGCUCAACCAUAUUCAUUGAUAACUUUAGUGAAGUGGGCAACAUAGCCAAAACAUUUGUGAUUUACAGUACCCUACGAGCGUGGAGGGACUGUAAGAAAUACUUGGGCAUCUCCUCCCAAAUAUGUUCUCACUCGCCUAUAGUAGGCAACCCAGACUUGCCAAAAGCCCUGAGAGAUGCCAACUUUAAUCUUUGGCAUACUCUAGGAAUCAGGACCUUUUCAGACCUAUUUCAUCAGAAGACCACUACACUGAAAUCCUUUCAAGAGCUCUGCAAUGAAUUCAAUGUGCCAAGAUCCCAUUUUUUUUAAAUAUCUACAAAUUAGACAUGUCAUCUCCUCAUUUACUUCCAAGAGGAGGUUUAGAACUCAGUUGAAUGAAGUUGAAACCCUUCUUGUCACAGCACAAUCCAUUAAAGGCAAAAUAUCCUAUAUCUAUAGACUCCUUUCUGAGAAAGGAGGAUCCUCCUUUACUCCUUUGAAAAUAAUAUGGGAAAAGGACCUUGGUCUGACUAUCAGUGAUGAGUUAUGGGCAGAGGUUUGCGACAGGGUAUACUGCUCCUCUACUAAUGUAAAAAUGAAAGAAUCUAAUUACAAAUGUUUGUACAAAUUUUAUUACACUCCCCUGAGACUCCAUAAAAUGAAAACAGACAUUUCUCCUAAUUGUAAUAGAUGUACCUCUGAAAGUGGAACCUAUAUGCAUGUAUUUUGGAGCUGCAGAGAGAUUGCCAGAUUUUGGCAAUCUAUACAUACUGCUGCACAGAAAACACUAGAUGUACAGUUUGAUAUGACCCCGUGUCUCUAUCUUCUUAAUGCCCAGCAGGACUUUGUUCUUGAUCCUGACAGAGAAAAUUUGCUCAUGACCAUUACAUACUUUGCUAAGAAAUGUAUUCUUCUAUUGUGGGCCUCUAAUACUUCUCCUACAUUUAAAAUGUGGAUUGACCAGAUUGUUGACUUUCUCCCUCUUGAAAAGCUCACUUAUGACCUCCACAAGAGACAGCCCAAGUUUGAUAGACUCUGGUCUCCACUACUCAACUAUAUUUCAAAUUGGACAGAGUGAAUGGGGGAAUCAGGGAGAUGGGCAGAUGCGUGUUGUGUAAGGUGCUGUAAAACCUAAAAACUAAUUAUUGGCUCGUCAUCUCAGCUAAGGCUGGAAAUAGCUAAUAAGAACCUUGAUAGUGCUGCUGCAAGUUCUAUAAUUUACAUUUUGUUAUAAUUAUUAUUUGUGUGUGUAUGUAUGUAUGUAUGUAUGUAUGUAUGUAUGUAUAUAAAUGUAUGUAUAUAUAUAUACAUAUAUAAAACAAUUUUUUAUUAUUAUUAUUAUUAUUAUUUUUUUUUUUAUUUUUUUAUUUAUUUUUUUAUUCACAUCUGUGAAUGUGGAAUGUGUUUGGUUGGUUGAUUGAAAACUUAAUAAAACUUUAAAUUGAAAAAAAAAAAACUGCCAAAGGUGGUGGGGUUGCAAUCUACUAUAGAGCUCUGCAGGCUAUCAUACUAUCCAGGUCUGUGCCCAAACAGUUUGAGCACCUACUUCUAAAAAUCCGCCUUUCCAGAAAUAAGUCUCUCACUGUUGCCGCUUGCUACAGACCCCCCUCAGCCCUGAGCUGUGCAAAGGACACCAUAUAUGAACUGAUUGCCCCCCAUCUAUCCUCAGAGUUCGUACUGCUUGGUGACCUAAACUGGGAUAUGCUUAACACCUCGGCCAACCUACAAUCUAAACUAGAUGCCCUCAAUCUCACACAAAUUAUCAAUGAACCUACCAGGUACAACCCUAAAUCUGUAAACAUGGGCACCCUCAUAGAUAUCAUCUUGACAAAUGUACCCUCUAAAUACACCUCAGCUGUCUUCAACCAGGAUCUCAGCGAUUACUGCCUUAUUGCCUGCGUCCGUAAUGGGUCCGCGGUCAAACGACCACACCUCAUCACUGUCAAAUGCUCCCUAAAACACUUUAGCAAGCAGGCCUUUCUAAUUGACCUGGCCGGGUAUCCUGGAUGGAUAUUGACCUCAUUCCGUCAGUAGAGGAUGCCUGGUUGUUCUUUAAAAGUGCUUAAAUAAGCAUGCCCCAUUCAAAAAAUUCAGAACUAAGAACAGAUAUAGCCCCUGGUUCUCCUCAGACUUGACUGCCCUUGACCAGCACAAAAACAUCCUGUGGCGUACUGCAUUAGCAUCGAACAGCAUGCAACCCCAACAUGCAACUUUUCAGAGAAGUCAGGAACCAAUAUACACAAUCAGUUAGGAAAGCAAAGGCUAGCUUUUUCAAACAGAAAUGUGCAUCCUGUAGCACUAACUCCAAAAAGUUUUGGGACACUGUAAAGUCCAUGGAGAAUAAGAGCACCUCCUCCCAACUGCCCACUGUACUGAGGCUAGGAAACACUGUCACCACCGAUAAAUCUACAAUAAUCGAGAAUUUCAACAAGCAUUUUGCUACGGCUGGCCAUGCUUUCCACCUGGCUACCACUACCCCAGCCACCAGCUCUGCACCCUCUGCUGCAACUUGCCCAUGCCCCCCCGAAACAAUGCCAUACAACACUACUUCCGUAGCCUCCAACUGCUCUUAAACACUAGUAAAACUAAAUGCAUGCUCUUCAACCGAACGCUGCUUGCACCCGCCCACCCGACUAGAAUCACUACUGUCGGCGGGUCUGACCUAGAGUAUGUGGACAACUACAAAUACCUAGGUGUCUGGUUAGACUGUAAACUCUCCUUCCAGACUCACAUUAAGCAUCUCCAAUCAAAAGUUAGAUCUAGAAUCGGCUUCCUAUUUCGCAACAAAGCUUCCUUCACUCAUGCUGCCAAACAUGCCCUCGUAAAACUGACUAUCCUACCGAUCCUUGACUUCGGUGAUGUUAUUUACAAAAUAGCCUCCAACACUCUACUCAGCAAAUUGGAUGUAGUCUAUCACAGUGCCAUCCGUUUUGUCACCAAAGCCCCAUAUACUACCCACCAUUGUGACCUGUACGCUCUUGUUGGCUGGCCCUCACUAUAUAUUCGUCGCCAAACCCACUGGUUCCAGGUCGUCUAUAAAUCACUGCUAGGCAAAUCCCCGUCUUAUCUUAGCUUACUGGUCACCAUAGCAACACCCACCCGUAGUGUGCGCUCCAGCAGGUAUAUCUCACUGGUCAUCCCCAAAGCCAACACCUCCUUUGGCCGCCAUUCCUUCCAGUUCUCUGCCGCCAAUGACUGGAACGAACUGCAAAAAUCUCUGAAGCUGGAGACUCUUAUCUCCCUCACUAACUUUAAGCAUCAGUUGUCAGAGCAACUUACCGAUCACAUUUAUAUUUACAUUAAAGAUCACUGCACCUGUACACAGCCAUUCUGAAAUUAGCCCACCCAACUACCUCAUCCCCAUAUUGUUAUUUAUUUUGCUAAUUUGUACCCCAGUAUCUCUAUUUGCACAUCAUCUUUUGCACAUCUAUCAUUCCAGUGUUAAUACGAAAUUGUAACUAUAUUGCACUAUGGCCUAUUUAUUACCUUACCUCCAUAACUUACUACAUUCGCACACACUGUAUAUAUAUUUUCUGUUGUAUUUUUGACUUUAUGUUUUGUUUACCCCAUAUGUAACUCUGUGUUGUUGUUUUUAUCGCACUGCUUUGCUUUAUCUUGGCCAGGUCGCAGUUGUAAAUGAGAACUUGUUCUCAACUGGCUUACCUGGUUAAAUAAAUAAAUAAAUAAAAAAUGAGGGGCUGGGUUGGCUGGGGAAGACUCGAGAGGGGCUGCUGGAGGUGUUGACAUGUGGCAUUGUGUCCAAGUCAGGAAACACUCUCCUCUCUGCUCCCUGCUCUUACUGCCUAAAUCCUCAUCACACGACCUUGUGCACUCCUCAGUCCCCCUCUCACGACCUGUGUCCCCAAUUACCACCGGAUUAAUAGGGCUUUCUGACAACAGCCUUCAUCAGAGAGAGGGAGGGAGGGACGGAGAGAAAAAGGAUGGAAGAGAGCAGAGUGGGUGGUAUGUUAAGGGGUAGUGUAAAGUGUCCAACAUGGACAGGAGUCCCAGUUGAUAAUAUACAGUAUCUUGUGUAUGAAACCUGGCUGAAAUGCUGCCUGUGGAAAGCCAGUAUGAAGGUCUGCACUCAGGCUAGGACUGAAUGGUGGCCGGUGUGUGAGGGAAAAAAUAUCUGGGGAGUUCAGUAGGUACUCGCACUCAAACCAUAAAAAGGAACAAAAACAAGGAGUCGGAGAUGCAAAAAUAUACUUAAGUUGAAUUCCCUGCCCGAAAUAAUACAAAAGGUGGCAGUGCAAAGUUCUUAAAAGGGCUAAACAAAAAAAGGAGCAGGUUUUUCCUUUUUAUGGUUUGUUUGAGUGUGUGUACCUACUGAACUGAAACGUUGCCUGUGCCUGUCCCUCAACAAAUCACAAAAUAAUCUUCCAUUUCAGAAGUGACUCUUGUGCCCAAUCCCCAGUCAAGACCCUACCUCUAUGAAAUUGUGGAGAUCUGAGAGGAUUUGACAGGUAAAAGCAAUAUGGUGAAAAUUCCACCUAAGCCUAUCAGAGGGCAAGGUGGAGCUAAUAUAAAAAUGAACAUCUAAAUUCCAUUCAGAUCUCAUAGGGCUAGGGUUCAUUUUGGGGUUGGUUAUCUGUCACCUACUGGCAUGUCUAUCUCUUUUCCCUCUCUUUCAUCUUAUUCUUUCAGUGAAUGUAUUUUCAAAGAAACUCUAGGUGGCAGGAGAUACCCCUUCAUUUGUUUCCUGUUUCAUAUUGUUUGAUUCGAAUAUUAUUGUUUGGUUAAAAUAUUAGUAUGGCGACUGCCAUGUCUCUGUUCUUUGUUUUUACUGCAGAUGAAGAGGACACAGUUAUUGACUCUGAUGGGAGGCAGGAGAGGGCAAAAGAUAAGGAGAGAAAGAAAGUGAGGGACAGAAAGAGAAGAAGAAAUGGAGCAAGAAGAGCUUCCAGUGCAGGAAAAGAAGGAAAGGAAUUGGAGGACAGACCAGAAAGAGGGGAGAGGACAGGAAGAAAAAAGAGGGAGAAGGAGGGGAAAGGGAAAGGGGGAGAGGAUGAGAGACAGGAAGAAGGAAAGAAUGACACUGUUGCCAAAAUUCAAAAGAAUUUCAGCAAUGAAAAGACUAGAAAACUGGAGCAAAAAGAGAUGGAGGUUGUAGGAGAGGAAGAUGGGGAUACCGAGGGGAAGAGGAAAAAUGGACACUCAAAAAAAGAGGAGAAGAAGGAGGACAAUGAAAGAGGAGAGAAAGUUCAGAAGAAAAAAAAGAACAAAAGGAUUGAGACAAGGUGAGAUCCUGUGUGUACAAUCUUGCAUUGCAUUUUCCAUUUCAAAACAUUCUGGCUGACAUUUUGCAUGAUCAAAAGGCAGUGAAAAGUGAGUUAUCCGAUGCAAAUGUAAAUACAGCUCGCAACCCAUCAUCACAUGUGCAUCAUGACAUGUAUUGUGCAGUGUACUAAACUCUGCAUGGUUAAAUAAUCGCCUCAUCAUGAUGCAAAUUGUUAAAAAAAGUUUCAAAUUAAAUUACGGAUUGCAGAUAGGAAUGCUCUAUAAUGCUCUUUUGCGUGACAACAAUGUUGCCCUCUACCUUCACCAACCUUACAAACAAAAAGAAAACGACUUUCCUUGCUGUGUCAGUUCAGAGCAGGAGUCAUCAGAGGAAGUGGAGGAUGAGGUAGAGGAAGAGGGAGAGGAGAAACCAGAGGUCUUGUCUCCCGAGGAGUUGGAGAAGUUGAAGGAGGCAGUGGAUGAGAGGAAGAAACGUAUCUCAACCCUAAGAGGAAAGCCUUGGCCCAUGAGGAAGAAACUGCUAACUCUACGGUGCUGAGAGAACCCCAACUCUAAAGCAAAUGCUUUUCCCCAGCCCCUAUACUGUUACCCCUUUCACACUAUUGUGUCGAGUCGACCCAUAAAAAUGGAAAGAGGAGACACCUCCUAUCUUUGCCAUUAGACGCCUCAGUGGGCAGUGCCAUUGAGUGCUAUCGCCUUUAUAAUGUGGUCCAUUUCUUCUACUUCUGUGAAUUAAUUGGCGGUUAAUAAACAAACUGAAAAGGGAAAUCUGUCUUUCUCAUCCAAUGGAUUUUGAGAAGGAGACGAGGAGAGGACGCGAGGAGUAUGCAAUUGAGAAAAGGCCAUAGUUUGAAAAGGCAUAAAGCCAGGUUUAGUAAUUUACUGCCACCUGCAGUGCUGGGAUGGUUGCCCAGGAGUAUGAUUCAUUGGCUGAUCCCUCCUGCUGACCUGGAUGGAAAUAAACGAUCCUUCCUUAACCCAUAGAAAGUCCCACCCAUUUGACUAAUGUAAAAUGGUGAAAGCCUUCCAUGGCACUGUCCAUGCUAAAACAGGCUUUGUGGCAAGUCCAUCCAGCUCUACAGUAUGUCUCGAUUCCGAAACAUAUUUUGUGGGCUCAGAUAUUUCCCUGUCACAUUGUCCUUUCCAGCAUGGUCCCUGCAAUUAUAGUCCAUGCAUAACCAGGCCAGCACAUUACAGCCCGGCUUUGUUUGGCUCGGCUCAGUAGUGUGAAAGGGGUAUUAAUGUAGCUGUUGGAAUGUAAUGGAAACAGGAAGCUUUUUUAGGACAUUGGAGGAGCACAGAGUAGCCAGAGCAUGGAGUAUGGUGCAAAAUGAUUCUAUUUAUUUUACCAGUACCGGUACCAGUAACUGAUCCUGCCUCGUAUUUCACAGGGAGUCCCAUGAGUUUGUGGAGAAAUAUGAGGGAGCUCUUGGGAAAGGAAAGAGCAGAAAACUGUAUGCAUAUAAAGUCAUGAUGUUGAAGGUGAGGACGGAGUCAUCUGUUAUAGGUGACAAGGGCAUUGAUUGUGUGUUCUUUAUUGUGUCAUGUUUAUGCUACCAGUUAUCUAUGAUCCUUUACAACACCAGUAUAGUCAGCAGGCCUAUGUGGGAUCUAUUUCAUGACACUGCUGGUUUUGCUGUUAGAAAUGGAUGAAGUUUCAGAGGGACUUUGAAAACUUCAAAACUGCUUGCGUUCCAUGGGAGAUGAAAAUCAAAGAGAUUGAGAGUAAGUAUGUCUCUUACCUCUUCCUUUUAUAUCCCUGCAAGGUUUUGUUGGUGCUCCCUAAAUGUCCUUAUUUUUUCAAACUCCCUGAAAAGGUUAGCACACAGCUAGCUACCUCUGUUCCUUACGCCCCCUGUUUCUCUAAUUUGUGUAUCACUUUUUUGAGGACCCCUGUGGCCCUCUUGCUGACCUCCUUGAAGUCCUUGGAAGUCACUCUGUGAUCCACUGAUUUAUGUCAUUCUCCUCAGUGUGAUGAAACACAGUACCAUGACUGUUUUUGUGCCUCCUACAGGCCAUUUUGGCUCCUCGGUUGCCUCCUACUUCAUAUUCCUGAGGUGGAUGUAUGGCAUCAACAUGAUCCUCUUUGGGCUGACGUUUGGCCUGGUCAUGGUGCCAGAGGUAGGGGGCCAUUUGAUCCUGAAAUCAGAAUUCGGUGUAGACAUGAUAUAAUUCACAUUUCCUCAUAUAUGCUCAUAUACAGUAAUUUAAUAUAAAAAUGACUAAUUGUUAUUUAUUUAUAAAUGAGGCCCCACCCACUGAGCAAAAACUAGCUGAAUGAACGUUGUUUCCACAUAAUUCCAACAAAAAAAUUCACUGAUUGGAUUUGCAAAAAGUUAUCAACGUAAGGGAAUAUCUUAUUUUUUUGGCCCAACUUUUCACCUAAAUCCAAUGACAUGGUGAAUUUUUUUGAUGAUUUCAGGUUGAAUUCAUGUUAGUUGACAACUCAACCAAAUGUAAAUCAAAACUAAACAUUGAAAUGAUGUCCAGUGGGCAGGCUCUUGUAGUGUCUCAAGGACCUACAGAUACUUUAACUCUUUAUUUCUGUCUAGGCUCUGAUGGGCAGGCCAUAUGGUAGCAUGCCCAGAAAGACUGUCCCUAGAGCUGAGGAAGCCAACGCCAUGGACUUUGCUGUCCUAUGGGACUUUGGGGUCUUUAAUAAUUUUUUAUUUGUGUAAUGUGACCACUGUGUAAUGUUACCACUAACAUUACUCUUUAUGUGUGUGUGCCUCACAGUGUGCGUGGUGUUUUUAAAGUUGUCAAGAAGUUGUUACUACUAAAUUAAAUCUGAAUCGUGUGUGUCCCAGGGCUACGCCCAGUAUUCUGUCCUCUUUUAUGGCUACUACAACAGCCAGCGCGCCAUUGGCUGGCUCAAGUUCCGCAUGCCCCUCUCCUACUUCCUGGUUGGUGUGGGAACUGUGGCCUACAGCUAUAUGGUGGUGAUAAGGACGUGAGUACCUGUAUGUUUACUAGUCUCUCAGUGGUCCUCAAAGCCCCCCUCCCCUCCCUAUGUUCAGAUAGACCAGGGAUGCAGUUCUCUGCAGUCCUCCUGACUUUAAUCCUUGCAUUUUAACUGGGGACAAGGUUGUGCAACAACAGGAAAUUAAAAUGAGCGUUUCGUAUUGGACAAGUCCAGAUCCUUCUCUGUUUCAGUCCGUUAUAUUCCAUUUGGUGCCUAGUGAAAAGGACCAUGGUGUGUGCACAUUUUGCCAAUUGUGACAACAACAAAAAAAGUGUAACAUUGAUCACAUUUCCAGUGAGAAACAAAAACCGACAGGAGUUGUGCACCCCUGAGACUGAGUCUCAGUCAAAUCCUCUGAUUUCUGAUGUUAUUGUUUGAAGCUUCUUCUAUUUAUUACGAAACAUGUUAAAGUAUGGCCCGGAACGCUAAUGAGGAUGGGGGCGGAGAUGACAACAGCUUCAAUUUCAGCUGGAAGAUGUUCACCAGCUGGGAUUACCUCAUCGGCAACCCAGAGACAGCCGACAACAAGUUUGCCUCCAUCACCACCAGCUUUAAGGUAAACACAUUAGUGUAACAACCACAGGUACUAGGAAAGGGCAGGGUCAAUAAAGACCAGAGGGGUAUCAUACGAAGCAAGGUUGAGGAGUUAGCGAGGUAACUUUGGUCAACUCUGAGUUCAACUCAGGAUAACCAGUCAUACGAAAGUGGCUCACCAUUUAGCCAGGGACAUUUCUAUGGCAACGAAUCCUUCAGAACGAACCUGCUCUGGGGCAGGCUAACUCACAGCUAACUCCACUUCCCCUGAAUGAAAUGACUGAGCCUCGAGUUGAGGACCAAUGAAAUCAGAUUCCCUUCCUCAGUCCCUCUUGCAAAGAUUGUGUCAUCAUCCCCUUCAUUUGAGGAAGACGACUGAUUAAAUAUUGUAUUAAUCAAAUGUUUUUUUGUGUUAAAAAUUGUAAUGUUAAAAUAUCACAUUACACAUUUAGUAAGACAUAAUGCAUUUUAAACUUCACACAAUGUACACUACCGUUCAAAAGUUUGGGGUCACUUAGAAAUGUCAUUGUUUUCGAAAGAAAAGCAAAUUUGUUGUCCAUUAAAAUAACAUCAAAUUGAUCAGAAAUACAGUGUAGGCAUUGUUAAUGUUGUAAAUGGCUAUAGUAGCUGGAAAUGAAGGCUAUUCCAUGCGAGAAAUUGCCAAGAAACUGAAGAUCUCGUACAACGCUGUGUACUACUCCCUUCACAGAACAGCGCAAACUGGCUCUAACCAGAAUAGAAAGAGGAGUGGGAGGCCCCGGUGCACAACUGAGCAAGAGAACAAAUACAUUAGAGUGUCUAGUUUGAGAAACAGGCGCCUCACAGGUCCUCAACUGGCAGACUGGGUCUGAGAUAUGGCUUUUUCUUUGCAACUCUGCCUAGAAGGUCAGCAUCCCGGAGUCGCCUCUUCACUGUUGACGUUGAGACUGGUGUCGCAUGGAAUAGCCUUCAUGCUCUACAACAUUCGGAAAGUACGACCCUGCCUUACACAGGAAGCAGCACAGGUCCUAAUCCAGGCACUUGUCAUCUCCCGUCUGGAUUACUACAACUCGCUGUUGGCUGGGCUCCCUGCCUGUGCCAUUAAACCCCUACAACUCAUCCAGAAUGCCGCAGCCCGUCUGGUGUUCAACCUUCCCAAGUUCUCUCACGUCACCCCGCUCCUCCCCACACUCCACUGGCUUCCAGUUGAAGCUCGCAUCUGCUACAAGACCAUGGUGCUGUGAGGGGAACGGCACCUCCGUACCUUCAGGCUCUGAUCAGUCCCUACACCCAAACGAGGGCAUUGCGUUCAUCCACCUCUGGCCUGCUGGCCCCCCUACCAGUUCCCGCUCAGCCCAGUCAAAACUGUUCGCUGCUCUGGCACCCCAAUGGUGGAACAAGCUCCCUCACGACGCCAGGACAGCGGAGUCACUCACCACCUUCCGAAGACACUUGAAACCCCAUCUCUUUAAGGAAUACCUGGGAUAGGAUAAAGUAAUCCUUCUACCCCCCCCCUUACCCCACCCCCCAAUUUUUUUUUUUACAUAUUGUAAAGUGGUUAUCCCACUGGCUAUAAGGUGAAUGCACCAAUUUGUAAGUCGCUCUGGAUAAGAGCGUCUGCUAAAUGACGUAAAUGUAAAUGUAAAUUUCUCAGAACAAAAAUAGACUGACGAGUUUCAGAAGAAAGUUAUUUGUUUAUGGCCAUUUUGAGCAUGUAAUCGAACUCACAAUUGCUGAUGCUCCAGAUACUCAACUAGUCUCAAAAAGGCCAGUUGUAUUGCUUCUUUAAUCAACACAACAGUUUUCAGCUGUGCUAACAUAAUUGCAAAAGGGUUUUCUAAUGAUCAAUUAGCCUUUUUAAAUGAUAAACUUGGAUUAGCAAACACAACGUGCCAUUGGAACACAGGACUGAUGGUUGCUGAUAAUGGGCCUCUGUACGCCUUUGAGGAUAUUCCAUCAAAAAUCAGCCAUUUCCAGCUACUAUAGCCAUUUACAACAUUAACAGUGUCUACACUGUAUUUCUGAUCAAUUUGAUGUUAUUUUAAUGGACAAAAAAAUUGCUUUUCUUUCGAAAACAAGGACAUUUCUAAGUGACCCCAAACUUUUGAACGGUAGUGUAACUUUUGUAUGACUUAAUAAAAUACAAAUAUUGAUAGGAGUGGGAAAAAAUAUGCUUGUGCAUUGAUAAGCACACCCCAAAUGCAGCAGUCUGGCCCUUGCCUGAGUAGAUCUAGCUUGCUUCAUAGGAUACCCCUCUGAACAGGGUACCGGUAUGGAAUUCACACAACACAGCAUUAUCAAAAAAUAUAGUUUACUACAAAUAACUAAGGUUAAAAUAGUUUACAAGCUGUAUAGGCUGACAGCUUAGAGUGGCAAUCAAAAGGUUUGCAGUUUGUGUCUCCAGUAUAAAAGGCAGAUAAAAUAAUUUCAGUGUAACAUGCAAUAUGCAAUUCUCAAGUUGUGCAGCUCAGGUACAGCAAAUAUCAGGAUAACAAGUCUAAACACAGCAAACGUCAGACAACACGUCUAGUAAGAGUACAUAUCAAAAGGGUCAUAAAGACUUAAAGUGCUUUAUGCAAUAGAUAGUCAAGCCCUUGUACAAUUACACAAUCAACACCUUUGCUGGCUGUCUCCAAGUCCACACAGCUACCAAACACAAGUUGUACUCAGGAUACGUAAAUCAUAAAUAGUCUGGCGUCCCAUUGUGAGGUAGGUAUGAGUCCACCAUCUGCGGGGGACGCACAGCCCGAACGUGCACCUCCCCACAAUUCCCAACCAACGCGUCUCCCAACCAACGCGUCUCCUGGUACGUGUUGACAGAUGGUGAAAUUGCUUGAGCUGCGCUGAGAAUUCGAAAUGUAUGAAUGCCAACAGUCCAAUAUUCUAGAACACAGUGCAUACGUGUACAUGUUUGGUACUCCCGAGUGGCGCAGUGGUCUAAGGCACUGCAUCGCAGUGCUAGCUGUGCCACUAAAGAUCCUGGUUCGUGUCCGGGACACCCAUGCGCGGCGCACAAUUGGUCCAGCGUCGUCCAAGGUAGGGGAGGGUUUGGCCGGCAGGGAUGUGGGUUCGUUUCCCACGGGGGGCCAGUACGAAAAAACAAAACAAAAAAAAACAUGUAUGCAUUCACUAACUGUAAGUUGCUCUGGAUAAGAGCGUCUGCUAAAUGACUAAAAUGUAAUUUUAUAGAUUAGACCCUUUACAAUAAACACACACACAGAGACUGGACAGAAGAUUUGUCAAUUGUGAAUGAAUGUCAGUUUGCGGCUACCAUAGGUCUGGUGUGGGACAUGAAGACAGCAGUGAGAGACAGAAUAACAACAAAAAAAUCCAGAAAAACGCAUGUCAAAAAUGUUAUAAAUUGAUUUGCAUUUUAAUGAGGGAAAUAGGUAUUUCACCCCCUCUCAAUCAGAAAGAUUUCUGGCUCCCAGGUGUCUUUUAUACAGGUAACGAGCUGAGAUUAGGAGCACACACUUAAAGGGAGUGCUCCUAAUCUCAUCUUGUUACCUGUAUAAAAGACACUUGUCCACAGAAGCAAUUAAUCAAUCAGAUUCCAAACUCUCCACCAUGGCCAAGAACAAAGAUUCCUCUGAUGCAAUGAUCAUGAGAACGGUGAGGAAUCAGCCCAGAACUACACGGGAGGAUCUUGUCAAUGAUCUCAAGGCAGCUGGGACCAUAGACACCAAGAAAAUAAUUGGUAACACACUACGCCGUGAAGGACUGAAAUCCUGCAGCGCCCGCAAGGUCCCCCUGCUCAAGAAAGCACAUAUACAGGCCCGUCUGAAGUUUGCCAAUGAACAUCUGAAUGAUUCAGAGGAGAACUGGGUGAAAGUGUUGUGGUCAGAUGAGACCAAAAUCGAGCUCUUUGGCAUCAACUCAACUCGCCAUGUUUGGAGGAGGAGGAAUGCUGCCUAUGACCCCAAGAACACCAUCCCCACCGUCAAACAUGGAGGUGGAAACAUCAUGCUUUGGGGGUGUUUUUCUGCUAAGGGGACAGGACAACUUCACCGCAUCAAAGGGAUGAUGGAUGGGGCCAUGUACUGUCAAAUCUUGGGUGAGAACCUCCUUCCCUCAGCCAGGGCAUUGAAAAUGGGUCGUGGAUGGGUAUUCCAGCAUGACAAUGACCCAAAACACACGGCCAAGGCAACAAAGGAGUGGCUCAAGAAGAAGCAUAUUAAGGUCCUGGAGUGGCCUAGCCAGUCUCCAGACCUUAAUCCCAUAGAAAAUCUGUGGAGGGAGCUGAAGGUUCGAGUUGCCAAACGUCAGGCUCGAAACCUUAAUGACUUGGAGAAGAUCUGCAAAGAGGAGUGAGACAAAAUCCCUCCUGAGAUGUGUGCAAGCCUGGUGGCCAACUACAAGAAAUGUCUGACCUCUGUGAUUGCCAACAAGGGUUUUGCCACCUAGUACUAAGUCAUGUUUUGCAGAGGGGUCAAGUACUUAUUUCCCUCAUUAAAAUGCAAAUCAAUGUAUACAAUUUUUGACCUGCGUUUUUCUGGAUUUUUCUGUUGUUAUUCUGUCUCUCACUGUUCACAUAAACCUACCAAUAAAAUUAUAGACUGAUCAUGUCUUUGUCAGUGGGCAAACGUACAAAAUCAGCAGGGGAUCAAAUACUUUUUUCCCUCACUGUAGAGGUGCAUUCUCCAGAGCCACUCCGGCAACAAAUCAGAGCACACAAGAAAGUAAUUCAAACGGACCAAUAGGAAAUCAUACACAUUUCACAUACCAAUUGUAUAUACUCUAAUAGGGGCACCUCCACCCUGUUACAUUAGUUUAUGUAUGGUAAUGUUUAAUUGGUUGUCUCUCUCUCUCUCUGUGUAAGUGUGUGUGUGUGUUUGUGCAUGUGUGUUUGUGCGAGUGUGUGUUUGUGCAUGUGUGUCUGUUCUCUGCCCUUAUGAUGCCAUCUUCCUAGGAGGCCAUUCUGGAGGAACAGGAGAGCAGGAAGGAUGACAACAUCCACUUGACCCGUUUCCUGCGGGUUCUGGCCAACUUCCUGGUGCUGUGCUGUCUAGCAGGAAGUGGAUAUCUCAUCUACUUUGUGGUGCGUCGCUCCCAGAAGUUUGCUUUAGAGGGACUGGAGAGCCAUAGCUGGUGGGAGAGGAAUGAGGUAGAAGCAUGUGCGUGUGUGUGUGUGGGUGUAAGUGUGUUUGACUUAGAGAAGGCUGGUGGGAGGAGAUAUAGGAGGACGGGCUCAUUGUAAUAGCUGGAAUGGAAUAAAUGGAACAGUAUCAAACAUAUCAAACAUAUGGAAACCACAUGUUUGACUCCGUUCCUUAGAUUCCAUUCCAGCCAAUAUAAUGAGCCUGUCCUCCUAUAACUCCUCCCACCAGCCUUUUCUGAUUUACAUGUGUUUGUAAUCAGUACCUUGAUUAAUUAUUAUUAUUUGUGCAAUCUGUAUGUUUUUGCAUGUCUGUGUGAUUGCGUGUAUAUUCAUUUAUUCAUAGGUGUAAAUAACAGUAUACUGUACUGUAUGUGUGUUAAUGUCCCUCAGGUGAACAUGGUGAUGUCCCUCCUGGGGAUGUUCUGUCCCAUGCUGUUUGAUGUCAUCAGUGCACUAGAGAACUAUCACCCCCGCAUUGCUCUACAGUGGCAGCUGGGACGCAUCUUCGCCCUAUUCCUGGGGAACCUCUACACCUUCAUCAUCGCACUCAUGGAUGAGAUCAACCUCAAAGUAAGUCUGGUAGCCUGUAGCUAGUUACACCACAUAGCUCCAUGAAGUGUUCUAACCUAAAACCCUUUUAUCUUCUAAGGGUUCUACCAACAACCCUCUAGGGUUCCUUGAACCCUUUGUAAAGUGUUUUUAACAACAAUAGGAAUACGAAUGACCCCAAAAAACUAUUCUACAGUUAUUUUCAGAUUAUUAUUUGACACCAACUGAGGUUUUCCUACGCAAGUAUCGACCUAUUAUUUCUGUAGAUGGGGAAACAUUAUCUGACAAGGGAAAACAACGCCUGUCUUUAAAUUGAGCACUAACUGCUUUGUUUUUGUUUAUUUAAGCGGGAGGAGGAGGAGGUGCUAAAGCUUAAUAUGACUAUAUGGGAGGCCAGUUUGUAUAAUGGGACCCUGGGAGCGAACAGCACAGCUCCUCCCAUCACCGUCCACCCUGCCGACAUCCCACGAGGACCCUGCUGGGAAACCAUGGUGGGACAGGUAAUGAAUGAUAAAAUACUAUUUGAAUCUAGGUCUGGUAAUGACAAACAACUUUUUGUUUGGGUGAAUUGGAAGGGGUGCAUGCAUUCAUGAUUCUUGUGUGUAUGUUUAGUAGCAUUUUUACAGCGUAAAUGUACUGUGGUGAAGUGUGUAUUAUUUGCCAUUUAAUAUACUUUGGUAAUAUGUAGGAAUUUGUCAGACUUAUUGUGUCGGAUACCAUGACAACCUACAUCACGCUCCUGAUCGGUGACUUCUUGCGUGCUGUGCUGGUGCGUUUCCUCAACUACUGCUGGUGUUGGGACCUGGAGGCUGGAUUUGUGAGUCUCUGGAUUGACCACUUUGCUCUACUCUGUAUUUAGGCUUGAAAUCUGUUUAAGCCAUACUUCAAGUCCAUUUUGUCAUUUCAUUGACAUUGAUUUUGGGGUAACACUUUACUUGAAGGGGGUAUACAUAAGGCAUUCAUAACACCUUUAUAAAACCAGUCAUGACACCUGUAUACAUGUUGCAUAGUCUCGUCCACCAGCUGGCUCUCUCUCAGUCGAACAGUCUGGUCUGUUGAAUGAUAAUGAAUAAAUGUGGGAUGAAGGUUGUUAUGAAUGAUAUUGCAACAUCCAUAAAGGUAUCAUGACUGGUUUCAGAGAUGUGUUAUAAUUAAGCAAUAAGGCCAGAGGGGGUGUGGUAUAUGGCAAAUAUACCACGGCUAAGGGCUGUUCUUAUGUACGAUGCAACGCAAAGUGCCUGGAUACAGGCCUUAGCUGUGGUAUAGUGGCCAUAUACCACAAACCCCUGAGGUGCCUUAUUGCUAUUAUAAACUGGUUACCAACGUAAUUAGAGCAGUAAAAAUAAAUGUUUUGUCAUACUCGUGGUAUACGGUCUGAUAUACCACCACUUUCAGCCAAUCAGCAUUCAGGGCUCGAACCACCCAGUCUAUAAUGGCUUAUGUAUAGCCCCUUCAAGUAUUACUGAUUUGGUCACUGAUUUGAUUAAUUGCACCGACAUUGACUAUUGUUGUCUUCCUUUGUGUAAGCCCUCCUACUCAGAGUUCGAUGUCAGUGGGAAUGUCCUGGGCCUGAUCUUCAACCAAGGCAUGAUAUGGUAGGAGGUUGCUGCUGUGAUCUUAUUGUGGCACUUCCACAAUAAGAGGCCCUCAGAUAGCAAAGUAAGGCUAGGUUUUCCACUGGUACGUAGAAUUGAAUGAACAGAUACAUGGGCUGAUGUACAAAAAUAGCUUCUUGGCAACAACUAAGGGGCUGCAAAUGUGCCUUGCAUUUAGGCAACCCGGUCAUGCAUUUAAAGGCGUUAUAGGACAUUUGACAGCAGUCUUGCAGUGUGACGUUUGUACGCUGCUCAAAAAAAUAAAGGGAACACUUAAACAACACAUCCUAGAUCUGAAUGAAUGAAAUAAUCUUAUUAAAUACUUUUUUUCUUUACAUAGUUGAAUGUGCUGACAACAAAAUCACACAAAAAUUAUCAAUGGAAAUCAAAUGUAUCAACCCAUGGAGGUCUGGAUUUGGAGUCACCCUCAAAAUUAAAGUGGAAAACCACACUACAGGCUGAUCCAACUUUGAUGUAAUGUCCUUAAAACAAGUCAUAAUGAGGCUCAGUAGUGUGUGUGGCCUCCACAUGCCUGUAUGACCUCCCUACAAUGCCUGGGCAUGCUCCUGAUGAGGUGGCGGAUGGUCUCCUGAGGGAUCUCCUCCCAGACCUGGACUAAAGCAUCCGCCAACUCCUGGACAGUCUGUGGUGCAACGUGGCGUUGGUGGAUGGAGCGAGACAUGAUGUCCCAGAUGUGCUCAAUUGGAUUCAGGUCUGGGGAACGGGCGGGCCAGUCCAUAGCAUCAAUGCCUUCCUCUUGCAGGAACUGCUGACACACUCCAGCCACAUGAGGUCUAGCAUUGUCUUGCAUUAAGGAGGAACCCAGGGCCAACCGCACCAGCAUAUGGUCUCACAGGGGGUCUGAGGAUCUCAUCUCGGUACCUAAUGGCAGUCAGGCUACCUCUGGCGAGCACAUGGAGGGCUGUGCGGCCCCCCAAAGAAAUGCCACCCCACACCAUGACUGACCCACCGCUGGAGGAUGUUGCAGGCAGCAGAACGUUCUCCACGGCGUCUCCAGACUCUGUCACGUCUGUCACAUGUGCUCAGUGUGAACCUGCUUUCAUAUGUGAAGAGCACAGGGCGCCAGUGGCGAAUUUGCCAAUCUUGGUGUUCUCUGGCAAAUGCCAAACAUCCUGCACGGUGUUGGGCUGUAAGCACAACCCCCACCUGUGGACGUCGGGCCCUCAUACCACCCCCAUGGAGUCUGUUUCUGACCGUUUGAGCAGACACAUGCACAUUUGUGGGGUUAUUUUGCUGGCUCUGGCAGUGCUCCUCCUGCUCCUCCUUGCACAAAGGCGGAGGUAGCGGUCCUGCUGCUGGGUUGUUUCCCUCCUACGGCCUCCUCCACGUCUCCUGAUGUACUGGCCUGUCUCCUGGUAGCGCCUACAUGCUCUGGACACUGCGCUGACAGACACAGCAAACCUUCUUGCCACAGCUCGCAUUGAUGUGCCAUCCUGGAUGAGCUGCACUACCUGAGCCACUUGUGUGGGUUGUAGACUCCGUCUCAUGCUACCACUAGAGUGAAAGCACCGCCAGCAUUCAAAAGUGACCAAAACAUCAGCCAGGAAGCAUAGGAACUGAGAAGUGGUCUGUGGUCACCACCUGCAGAACCACUUCUUUAUUGGGGGUGUCUUGCUAAUUGCCUAUAAUUUCCACCUGUUGUCUAUUCCAUUUGCACAACAGCAUGUGAAAUGUAUUGUCAAUCAGUGUUGCUUCCUAAGUGACAGUUUGAUUUCACAGAAGUGUGAUUGACUUGGAGUUACAUUGUGUUGUUUAAGUGUUCCCUUUAUUUUUUUGAGCAGUGUAUAUUCAAACCAGACCUCCCGCGGGUGAAAUACACGUGCCAUCAUAUGUAGUUGUGUCAAAAUGGUUAUUGAUCUCCUAUUUUCUUGUUUAAACCCCCUAAAGUCGAUGUCCAGUCCCCACAUAUAUCGAAUUAGCAUAAUACAAAAAUCCCCAUAAAAAUCUGUCUGUUUAAGCUAGAGAUGUGUUUGUCAGACCAUGAGACAUCCUGAAAAUUGGUCUUCUCACAGAAACGUCUGUAGCGUCCGAACGGUCUGGCCUACAAACUAAUAACUCGUCUGAAUGUAGCCCGGUACCAGUUUAAAAAAUGAAUGGAAGUAUGGAAGUGGUUUAGAGACAAUACAUUUUUAUAUGGGUAAAUAAAUAUAUAAAUCAUUUCCUGAUCUUUCUUAUAUCUCUCAGAUAUAGGACAGACACUUUAAAACAAACUUCCUUUUGAUAACAAUGUACUAUCUGUUUUCCAUUUAUGAAUCUGUUAUUCAAUGCGUUUCUAGCAGUAAGGCCAAAUUCAGUGUUUCAUCAAAUAUUUUUUAUAUAUUUUUAGUGGGAUACUUAAACGGGUCCUAAAAUUCACAAUCAAAUAGCUAAAUGAUCCUUGACCAUCUUAAAACAAUUCCAUAUGUUUAGGAGAACCCCCCCCCCCCCCUUAAGGAUUAACCACCCUCAUUCACUUCUUUCUCUCUCUGUUAGGAUGGGUGCGUUCUAUGCCCCCUGCCUGCCUGCUCUGAACGUGUUGAGACUGCAUGUGUCAAUGUACCUGCAGUGCUGGGCCGUCAUGUGCUGUAACGUUCCCCAGGAGAGGGUGUUCAAGGCCUCAGGCUCCAACAACUUCUACAUGGCUAUGCUACUGGUCAUCCUCUUCCUCUCAACGCUGCCUGCCAUCUACACCAUAGUCACCAUCCCCCCCUCCUUCGAUUGUGGCCCCUUCAGGUAACAGAAAAACACCUGCAUUCUGUAUAUGACAAGACAUGCAUGUAAACACACACACACACACACACAGUUGUUGUGUGAUGAAAGUUUCUCAUCUCUGAUUGCUCCACUGCAGUGGGAAGAGCCGCAUGUUUGAUGUGAUCCAGGAGACGCUGGAAUCUGAUUUCCCUGCCUGGUUUGGGAAGAUGUUCAGCUACGCCUCCAACCCUGGCCUGGUGCUGCCUUUCCUACUGCUCAUGGUGUGAGUAGUCAGGGCUAAUGAUCCACAGGGCAGUCCCCAGGCUAUAGAAUGCCUACCUGUUCUAUGUGGAAUAUACAGAUGAAGUUGGAAGUUUACAUACACCUUAGCUAAAUACAUUUCAACUCUUUUUUUCACAAUUCCUGACAUUUAAUCCUAAUAAAAAUGAUUGUCUUAGGUCAGUUAGGAUCACCACUUUAUGUUAAGAAUGUGAAAUGUCAGAAUAAUAGUAGAGAUAAUUAUUUAUUUCAGCUUUUAUUUAUUUCAUCACAUUCCCAGUGGGUCAGAAGUUUACUACAUACACUCAAUUAGUAUUUGGUAGCAUUGCCUUUAAAUUGUUUAACUUGGGUCAAACGUUUCGGGUAGCCUUCCACAAGCUUCCCACAAUAAGUUGGGUGAAUUUUGGCCCAUUCCUCCUGACAGAGCUGGUGUAUCUGAGUCAGGUUUGUAGGACUCCUUGCUCGCACAUGCUUUUUCAGUUUUGCCCACAAAUGUUCUAUAGGAUUGAGGUCAGGGCUUUGUGAUGGCCACUCCAAUACCUUGACUUUGUUGUCCUUAAGCCAUUUUGCCACAACUUUGGAAGUAUGCUUGGGGUCAUUGUCCAUUUGGAAGACCCAUUUGCGACCAAGCUUUAACUUCCUGUCUUGAGAUGUUGCUUUAAUAUAUCCACAUAAUUUUCCUUCAAUCAUGAUGCCAUCUAUUUUGUGAAGUGCACCAGUCCCUCCUGCGGCAAAGCACCCCCACAGCAUGAUGCUGCCACCCCCAUGCUUCACGUUUGGGAUGGUGUUCUUCGGCUUGCAAGCCACCCUCUUUUCCUCCAAACAUAACGAUGGUCAUUAUGGCCAAACAGUUCCAUUGUUGUUUCAUCAGACCAGAGGACAUUUCUCCAAAAAGUAUGAUCUUUGUCCCCAUGUGCAGUUGCAAACCGUAGUCUGUUUUUUUUAUGGCGGUUUUGGAGCAGUUGCUUCUUCCUUGCUGAGCGGCCUAUCAGGUUAUGUCGAUAUAGGACUCGUCUUACUGUGGAUAUAGAUACUUUUGUACCUGUUUCCUCCAGCAUCUUCACAAGGUCCUUUGCUGUUGUUCUGGGAUUGAUUUGCACUUUUCGCACAGAACGCGUCUCCUUCCUGAGCGGUAUGACGGCUGCGUGGUCCCAUGGUGUUUCUACUUGUGUACUAUUGUUUGUACAGAUGAACGUAGUACAUUCAGGCAUUUGGAAAUUGCUCCCAAGGAUGAACCAGACUUGUGGAGGUCUACAAUUUUUGGGGGGAGGUCUUGGCUGAUUUCUUUUGAUUUUCCCAUGAUGUCAAGCAAAAAGGCACUGAGUUUGAAGGUAGGCCUUGAAAUACAUCCACAUGUACACCUCCAAUUGACUCAAAUUAUGUCAAUUAGCCUAUAAGAAGCUUCUAAAGCCAUGACAUCAUUUUCUGGAAUUUUCCAAGCUGUUUAAAGGCACAGUCAACUUAGUGUAUGUAAACUUCUGACCCACUGGAAUUGUGAUACAGUGAAUUACAUUAUAUAAUCUGUCUUUAAACAAUUGUUGGAAAAAUUACUUGUGUCAUGCACAAAGUAGAUGUCCUAACCGACUUGCCAAAACUAUAGUUUGUUAACAAGAAAUGUGUGGAGUGGUUGAAAAACAAGUUUUAAUGACUCCAACCUAAGUGUAUGUAAACUUCCGACUUCAACUGUACAAGAUAACAAUGUAAAAUAAAAUAUGUGGUAUUUGUUCCCCCCUACACACAGUUUGGCCAUUUAUUACUUGCAGUCUACAUCAAAAAGCUACAAGCAAGCCAACCUGGAAUUAAAGAAGAAACUUCAAACCGUAAGUCAUGCCGUCAAUAAGGUUCUGACACUGAUACAUUCAUUACCUAUUAUAUUCCCUGUGUGGUACUUGCACUGACAUAGUCUGUCCACCAGAGAGAAGCAAUUGCCAUAGUAUAUAAUUUCUCUAAACUGAUCAAAUCUUCACACUCACUUGUCAAUAACAAGGGUCCCACAGCCGACCUGCAUGCAGCUGAGGUUACAUCAUCUGAUGGACAGGGAAGUGCCAGUUAUUUAGGGUAUGAGAGUAUAUUUAAGCUACAAUAUUGCAAAUAUCAAAAACAUAAGCAGGAGGCUGAGAGGCAGACAAGUAGCAAUUUGACAUAUAUUUUUUCAGGUGGGGAAUUAGAGGCAGUUACGGAACCACAUCCACUGCUUAAACUAAACAUGAUGUGAUCCCUGUAAUAUCGGUCAGAAGGUUUGGUGCCAUUCCUGUAUAGUAGCUGCUUCUUUACUUCCAGCAAAAUGAAGAAAACAAGAAGAAGAAGAAAAUGGCUGCACUGAAAGCUGCCAUGGAUUUAGAGGAGGCUCAAAACGCUCGGUCAGAAGCACCGCGGCAACAGAGAAACAACAAUGCCUCUCAGCAAUCUUAUAGGGGUGAGAAGAAUACUGUGGCAGGACAUUUCGUUAGCAGUUUUGUUUUUGUUUAGUAUCUGUAAAUUUUAUUCACACCAAGUUAUGUCAUCAUACCUCUCCUCUCCCCCUGUCUCUUUCUAAGAAGAUAGAGGAGAAAAGAAGGGUGGGGAACACAGGGCACAUCAAGGAAAGAGCAACCAUCAAAUUCCCCCUUCUGCCACCAGACCCCCAGCCCCGAGGGGCCACGGAUUGCCUGGGCCCCUACCAGGAAACCAGCGGCAACCAGCACCCAGUGUUCAGAGGGUCCCAAACUCACAGAGACACUGAGUAUGACUGCUGUCACAGAUGUGGAAAUGGCAAGCACUUUAUAGAGACACACACACUCCACCCUGCAUUCUCUGAUUUCAGAGGCAGACUGAAAGUAAAAGACUGUUAAUGUGACUUUAAAACCAGAGGUAUCAUGACUGGUAAUAGGUGAUUCCUUAUUAGCAUGUUGUACAUUACAGUUAUAAUGGGCCUUUAUUCAAACAGUGUUAUGUGAAUUGUGACUGUAAAAAUUAAACUUUUUGAAUUGGUGAAAGAUUCAUUUAUAAUGUAUAAUUUCUUAUUAAUUUGUACUAACUAUUCUGCACACCAAGCAACAUAAAAUGUAUUUGACGUUGACAGGUCAAACAUGUUAUUGACCCGAUGAGUUAAUACAUUAUAUCCAGUGUUAUUACAUUAUCCGGUUUUACAAGCACCUUACAUUAUGCAGAGCUAUUAAAGCACUAAAGUUUAAACACUGAAAUACCAUCAAUUCAGGAAAUGUUCUUGGUUGGCCAACAGUUUAGAAGUUGUCUUUGAGCACAUUAUAGGAAUAACUCCCCUUCCGCCAAUUCUAACUUUAACUGCAGGGUUACAUCAUAGGGGGAAUGUCAUUCAAUGUAUGUCACUUUGUACAUUUAUAUUCAAAACAGGAUACAAUGAUCAACUUGAAAUGCUGACUGUUUUCAGUGACUGGGUAAUAAGAGACAGCUCCCAUCAACCAAACCUAUUAAGGAAACAAGGACACAAUUCCCACGAAUCGAAACGUUGGACAUGCACCGCAGUUAACUUUAUCAGAGGUCCUUGGCCUGAACAAAUAUAUCUGUAGGACUCUAAGCUUCACAUACUCAUUGAGUGUCCCUGUGCUCAGAUCCACAGAGUGUCCCAAUAUCUUGCCUCUGGUGCACUGAUUGGACAGUGAUCUUAUUUGUUAAUCAUCCUGUCAUUCCUCCUCUGUGAGAUCAGGAGUGAGAUAGUAUACCAACGUCUAAUUACUGUACCUUGCAUGGCUUAAUAACCCUUAAUUUGAAGGGGUUGAUCAUCAUCCCAAACAGUCAAACACAAACUUAUUGUGCAUUGCUUCUCUGAGUUAUUUGAGUAUGGGAGUCAACAUCCCCAACUGAAGGUUAACUCAACCACUUAAAAGGAACCAUGACAAAUCAAUCCUAUAAUGGCAUUGACAUUUAUUCAUUCCAGGACUGGCGCAUAAGUACAAUCCAUUAACAUUGCAAAUGCUCAUGUUCAAUUCAUGGACAGUUAUCAUUAAGUAUUCAUUUGAGUUAUUUGAGAUCUUAAGAAACCACAAGACCCUUAUGCUCCAUUUCCCCCCACAAACUUUUAAAUGAUUGUUGGUCCGGUUGGUUUCUUUGGUGAAGAAACAUUUGUCUUUAGUCACAACAGAAGACACAAGCGUGAUUCAUGCAUUUCUUGAGCUCAUUCUCAAGGUUGGUAUAGUAUAUUCUGGAUCAUCCAAAGGCACAGUUACCUUACCCCAAUAUAGGUAAUCAGCUACCACUGUGCCCGCUGUCUCAACCCAACUUAGCUCUGUUUGGCUACCUCCCAGUCUCCUGCCAUGUUUGUACAAUGGGCAGGAUAUCUGGACCGUGACCGCGUGGUCUCGAUUACCGGAUAUAUCAAUGUUAUAGUACAACCACCGGUAAUGAAGGGCAGAGUGAGACGGGUAAUGAAGGGCAGAGUGAGACGUCAGAGCAUCACAGGCACUGAUUUCUCUCUCCCACCUAGCCUCCAGUAGACUUUAUUUUCUUGUCCAAUUAGAUAUUAUCAGAGGUUGUGUGUAGAAUUUCAUACAUUCUCAACAGGUCCAUUACUUAACAGGUCUAUAAACAGUAGUUAAGAACUUUUAGUAAAUGGAACCAUGAUCCCCAGAUCAACUGGUCCAGGAAAGCAUGUUGAACUUCUCAAUGGAAUCACCCUGCAUCCAAUUGCUGGCUUGCCUUUGAAGUUAGCCGGGUCGGUCCUGGUCGGUCCCUGGAUGGAAGACCAGAUGUUACUGGAAGUGGUGUUGGAGGUCCCGUAGGGGGAACUCUUCCCUCUGGUCUAAGGAGAUUCCAAUGCCCCAGGGCAGUGAAGGGGACAUUGCCCUUUGUAGGGUGCCGUCUUUCGGAUGGGACGUUAAAAUGGGUGUCCUGACUCUCUGUGGUCUAUAAAGAUCCCAUGGCACUUAUCGUAAGAGUGUUAACCCCGGGGUCCUGGCUAAAUUCCCAAUCUGCUGCUCAUACCAUCAUGGCCACCAUUCAUCCCCAGACCUGCUAACUACUGCUCCAAUAAGGGUUAACCCUUUUAGGAGGAUCAUAACAGGCCUACUUAGGCAAGGUUCGUUACACUAUCCCCUCUGUUGGGGAGGGCGUGUCCCCACGCUUCUCUAUACCAAGUACCUAGCUCUUUACUAUACCAAGUCCCUCAAGUCUGCACAUCUCCCCAAUAGCCCCCAAGGCACCAUCCCACUGCUGCCACCAACGUAUAGAUUUUUGCAAACCACAACAGUGUAACGCCCCUUGCAGGUCUCAAACCCUGGUCUCCCUGUCCGUAGGCAGACCUUCUAACCACUGCUCCAAUAAGGGUUAAGGGGGUAAUUGUAACAAGCCUACCUAUGCAAGGUUUUACACCACUUAUAGAGACCACUUAAUCCUCAGAUUUCAUCAAACACUGGCAAACACCUUACUUAGUUUCGUGCUCAUCAUCAUCCUCCUGCUCCUUACUUGAUAGAUACUGUCCUUACAGGGACGAAACCAGGUUUUGAGUUGUAGUGAGGUUCGGAAGUGUCCCCAGCCACUAUCACCUUGGCUGCUGUAGGUUCAUUCACCUCAGUCCAUCUAUAAACACAUAGCCUAUUAGCCAUACAAUUGUAGUGUUCUACUCCUGAAAGGGGUGGAAAUAUGAUAAAUGAUUCACACUGACAUGUAGCAUCAGCGACCAUACAAAAACCUAUGACAUUUUUAGAACUGUAUUUUUUGCAUUUUGAUUGCAUUUUAUUGUAGGCCUAUAGGGAAGAUAGGCCAUGUGGAGAUGUUCAUAUUAAAACUAUCUUCUUUCUUUUUUGUUCCUAACUUGUUUGAUAAGAUAAGUACAGAUUUUCUCAGGGGAUCCUACAUGGGGCCCCGACCCCAAGUUUGGGAACCACUGUACUAACCUCUUUCUCUCUGCUUGCUUCCUCUCUCUGUCUCCUCUGCUUCCUCCUGCAUGCAUUGCAGCCUGCCUCAGCCUCAUCAACACUGAGCUCUACAUCACUGUCUGUCUCAGUAGCCUACUCUCUGUAAAGCAAAGUUAUUAUGCUGAACAAAAAUAGAAAUGCCACAUGCAACAAUUUCAAAGAUUUUACUGAGUUACAGUUCAUAUAAGGAAAUCAGACAAUUGAAAUAAAUUCAUUACUCCCUAAUCUAUGGAUUUCUCAUGACUGGGCAGGGGUGCAGCCAGGCCCAGCUAAUCAGAAUGAGUUUUUCCUCACAAAAUGGCUUUAUUACAGAAAUAAUUACUCCUCACCUGUGUAAUAAUCAUGCUGUUUAAUCAGCUUCUUGAUAUCCCACACCUGUCAGGUGGUUAGAUUAUCUUGGCAAAGGAGAAAUGCUCACUGACAGGGAUGUAAACAAAUUUGUGCACAACAUCUGAGAGAAAUAAGCUUUUUGUGUGUAUGGAACAUUUCUGGGAUUUUUUAUUUCAGCUCAUGAAACAUGGGACCAACACUUUACAUGUUGCGUUUAUAUUUUUGUUCAGUGUAUGAGAACUUAGUAGUGUAUUUUUUACUCCUGCUCCGUUUAAAGUUGGCUUCUUAUUUCAUCCUUCUAGCUGGUUACUAAGUAAUACUAGACAGAGCCCUUGAACUUUACUGCAAUAGAAGUCUCUGCAGGCAGCUGGCCACCUGACUGACUGACAUAUUAUCUAUAAGCGACUAUGUACCAGUUGCACACUCAUUCUCCGAGUCGGUUUUUGUUUGUUUGGGUAAUGUCUGUAGACACGACAGGAGUCGCUGGACGGUUUUAACAUUGCAAACAUCUCGCAAACACACUGUCAGCAGCGUCUCAAGUUGCCUUUUUGAGCCAACUACGAGCUGGGGUAGUUUGUUCACGUAGGCCCUCGACCUGAGUUAGCUGUUUGAGAGGGUGGUGAAUGUGCUGCUAAAAAGGCAAAUCCGGGAGGGAAAUUUGGCGGAUGCAGGCGUACAUAACGAACAAACCACUGUUCAUGAUUCCACUCUUAGAACUCAGUCAGAUCAAGAAUAUAAGCAUUCUGAGCUUUGAUCAACGCUAUGAGCAGUAUUUAGAUUUUGACCAGUAAUUGAUUUUCUUUAUUGUGUCCUAUGUAGUUACUUACGGCCAGUGGCGAUUUUAGCAUGUAAAUCUUGGUGGGGCAAACUCCCCAAAAAUGUUUUUGCUGCAUGCCAGCAAAGCCACUACACUACACAACACAACACUAAACAAUACAUUAAUUGCACUAUAACGGUGACAAACGGUGCCCACAAACUGUUAGGGCCUACAUAAAGCUGGCCCAACAGCAGAGCUUUCUUUUCAGCACCAUGGAGUGAAUUCUUACCACUGCUACACCUGGCUAUCAGAGGAGGCUUGUCUGGCAGCGAAACAAUUCAUUCAGCCUCAGUUACUGCCUUUUAAAAAACAUAGCUGAUACGGCUGACUUGCUUAAACAAAUGUGGUUUCUACUGACAAUUGAGAUGUACAAACUAUGGCAUAAGGGGACGACGAGCAGAUAAGAGGCAAUCCAUAAUUUCGAUUAAGACAUUAAUAAGCGAGCUAGGAUGGACGUAGUCAAGAUAACUAUUUGUUCAGCACUUUUGAAAUGUACAGCGACCGAAUUCAGAACAUGGGCCGUUCUUACAGUAUUCUCCCUGUACACCAAGUCAGAACCGUAGGAUAAAUAAAGGGGGCAUAUCAGCAGACAAUGAUGGCUCUUACAAUAUUCGAUGAUGACAUUUCUCUAAAACAGGCUAUAGGCUACAUGUGCACCACCAAGUCAGAAUAGUAAGCGAAAUUAAGAGGGGAAAAUAGACCAAAUUAUUAUGGUGAGGCACAUGGGCUACUAACAGUUUACUACACAACAUACACUUAGUAUUACUUUCUUAGCUACAGUAUACAUAUGUCCCUGGCAUAUUACAUCAUUUAUGCAGCAGCUUUGCUGUCCUCUUUUGAUCUUAAAGGGCGCAUAAGUCACUGUAUGGUUUGUACUGUUCAUCCACAGUGGUGCGUCUUGACAGGAACUUGAGAAGGACGGAGGGUGGGAGAAGAAGAGUUACCCAGAGAAGGAGGGAUACAGCGGGGCU